AUGGAAUUAGCACUUAAGGGUCAAACUCAAAAAUUCAGGCGCUUCAUGAUCUACGUUCAUGCCAAAGGUAUGAUUGUCGAUGAUGAGUACAUCAUUUGUGGGUCGGUCAGCAUCAACCAGCGCUCCAUGGAAGGAUCUCGCGAUACAGAGAUUGCAAUCGGAACCUUUCAACCUCGGUACUCUUGGGAUCAGAAGCAAGGACAUCCAAUGGGACAGUCCUUCAUUCUCAAGGUUCCUGAAUCUUGUUGUAACAAUUCUAUUGUGCAAACAACGUGGCUAGUCCAACGGUCUAUGGCUACCGAAUGUUAUUGUGGGCCUAGCAUUUUGGGUCGUGUUGAGCCCCUUUACACCGACGCCGGAAGUCUGGAAUGUGUAACUGAAGUGAACCGAGUAGCGGAAGCUAAUUGGAAGCAAUACACUGCAGAGGAUGUCACCGACAUGAAGGGGCACUUGUUGUCGUACCCCAUCUAA